AUGGCUUUGGGCUUCUUGGGUCGAAAAGCUCUGGCAGAGGCUGGAUUGGAGCAUGUUAGCCGGGGCCGGAGAGAUAUGAAUCUUGCUGGCCAUGGUGAGAAUUCUGAUACAGAAUUAUCCGCUAUGAUGUUCUUCAACGAGUCUCGAAGGCGAAUUGGUUGGCUUAUCAAUGAUCAUGGCCUUCAAAGUUGUCAAUAUUAUCUUCUUGCCGGAUCGUCCAGUAGACUGGUGGUCUAUGACGACAAAGGCAUCUACUUGCUGCCUUAUGUUGUGGAAGACCAUGCCUAUUCCUCACGACAAUUGGGUCGCAGACAUGCAAUCUCGACUAUUUUGGAUUGCCUUGAUGUCUGA